ACCAACCGUAUGCAGAUAUUGUCGCUGCUCUGAAUAUCAUGUCCAACAUCAUGACAUCCGAGUUUGAAUCAUUCAGUAUGUUCUGAGUCUACUUUUUUUGUUUGUUCAACCGCGGAAGAGCAAUAUUUACUAACACGCCGUAUAUAGACCGGGCAAAUGGUGCUACUGUCGCUCAAGGAAGCCCCGAUGUUGCAGACGUAGUGUUCUUUGGGAUCAACUUGUUGAUUCCUAAUAUCAAUAUGGAGAUGCUAAAGAUCCCCAGUCUUUGUCAGCAGUACAUCAAGCUAAUCUCCAAUCUUAUCGAAUUCUUCCCUGACAAACUGAUUGGUAUACCACCUGGAUUGUUCGGCAACCUAAUGGCCAGCUUAGAAUAUGGUAUGGGUCACGACAUUACAGAUGUUAACAUCCUGUCUUUUCAAGCGAUUGCCCCGCUUGCAUUAUGGGCAUAUACCCAAGAGUUGCAACAAGGUAAGUUUUGGGACCAUGUGGCUACCAUGUGUAUUCGGAUGGAUUUUGGCCAAAAAAGUGACGAAUUUUCCGCCCUCUCCCCCAUUCCAGCCCCCAUCGAUUUUCUCAAGCCUUCCCUUGAGAAAUUUUUACAUUUAAACUUGGAGCUAUUACUGUUCAAGGAUUUUGACCCAAGACUUUUGGACGCCGCCUCAGCCUCGUUGUUUCCCCUCAUCUACUGUUGCCGGUCAUCUUAUCUUACAGCCGUCAACCAAAUUAUCCAACAACAGCCGGUGGAUAUCCAAGACCGACUUAUAUCAGCAUUCCGUAACUUAGAUACAGUCACACCGUCGCAUCUUUCAGAGCCUUCGAUCGUAAGACAUAGCCAAGUCUUUAGCGAGGCGUUAUUAGGAUUGUUGCGCGAGGUUCGCGGAGUUAUCAGAGUAAAAUAAAAAGGACCAAUUCACCCGCGGGGGCGAAAAUUUCUCUGAAAGGGGAAAUAACGGUAUGAACUGUUAAACGCUCAUGUGUAAUGUAAGAAAGAUUUUUUUUAGCUACGUUUGUAAGUCAACCCAGCUAUAGGCAAAUUUUGGUAAAAGGUUUCCCGGCUUAGCGAUGGCCGGUUGAUAACGCAUCGUCAAUCAUGCUUCUGUAUUCCCUUCUGAUUUGUCUGUGCGCAUGGUCUUUGCUGAAGUGCAGCUUCGGUUUACCCUGGUUUCAAUGGCUUUCGUCGUACUGAACUUUUUCCUUGUACGCGUGAUCUCUCAUGUUUGACACGUCCUUUUCUGUACCCUUUUCGUCUAGUAGACUUGCGCGGCCAAAGUAAAAAUCUACUUUUUUCCUUUUGAUACCAUCAAUUUUAUGUUCCGCUUUU